AUGGCUAGAGUCGCUAUUAUUAUCUACUCCAUGUACGGACACACUGCUGCGUUGGCUGAAGCCGAGAAGCGCGGUGUGGAGUCAGCCGGUGGUAAGGCCGACAUCUACCAGGUCGCCGAGACGCUGACCGCUGAGCAGCUCGAGCAGUUCGGUGCGCCAGCCAAGGCGACUUACCCAAUUGCGACCAGAGACACCUUAGAAGAGUACGAUGCGUUCCUGUUCGGUGUGCCAACGAGGUUCGGUAACUUCCCACAGCAAUGGAAGGCCUUCUGGGACGCUACUGGUGGCCUGUGGGCCAAAGGUGCUUUGCAAGGCAAGGCUGCAGGGUUCUUCGUGUCCACUGGUACUGGUGGCGGUAACGAGUCCACUGUGAUCAACGCGAUCUCCACUCUGGCACACCACGGUAUCGUGUAUGUGCCAUUGGGUUACAAGAACGUCUUCGCACAGAUCACCAACUUGCAAGAAGUGCACGGUGGUUCCGCUUGGGGUGCAGGUACCAUUGCAGGCCCAGACGGAUCCAGACAGCCAUCUGAGCUGGAACUGAAGACCCACGAGCUGCAAGGUAAGUACUUCAGCGAAACCGUGAAGAAGUUGUGA